AUGCUUAGCAUCGAUGACAUAAUAGGAGAGAAAGAUCUUCCCCGGUUGUUCAGGACGGUUGUAAAGAAAAGGGAGGCAACAACUCCAGACAAGCAGUGUGUCAUAAGGAGGAUAAGGGAGUUUGGGCCUUUGACAAUGGAGAGCCUCGAAGGACUUUAUGAUGAGGACAUUCUAACGGAGUUAGAGAGAAGUAGGAGAUGGUCGAUACUAAGAAGAGUUAAGAAAGAUAGGCAUUGA